AAACAAGAACAGCGUGUGUCUCAGUGAGCCGUACUUUGAUAUGCUUUGACUUGUUUCCUCCAGCAGGACGCACGCAAGAAGUCACAGUCUCCGUUUAUCUGGGCUCCCGAUCCGCAGCAGAAUGGACGAAGACUGUUUUUGAACUCGACCUUUCUGUGAAGAUUUACUUCUUCUGUUUUUCAAUUACCUGUAGACUACUUUUUUUUCCUCCAGAGGCAGACUCGUCGAGAAACGCGGUGGAAAGCGCAGAAUGUGGACGAAACGAGAAGUGCGUAAAGCGACAGAAGUAGGAGUGAGGAAAAAGUAAAGUGUGAGGCUGAGAAUGUGGAGGGGAGACCGGACUGCAACUUUCCUGAGCUUGGAGAUCUGAAGAGUUAAUGCUGCGCGCUGGAUCAGCCCUGAAGAGCUUUGUAUUUAUUGAAAGAUCGGUGAAUUAAAUCUGAUCCAAUUUGGUUUCAAAUCCAUCUUAAGGAUCAACCAGUUAAAGGGGGUCAUCUGAAUUCGGGACAAUCUCUCAGUUUACGAAGAAACCCCUCUGGAUUUAAUCUACAACAUUUUCCCCCCUCAAAGUAUUCGUCUCCCUUCUCUUCGACCCUUUUCCCUUCAUCUUUGCAAUUGUGAUCCCCGAAGUGGCUCCGAAGUGGUGUUGCGGCUCCUCGUCCCCGGCGGAUCCGGAGAUCGGAGUCUCUGCACCGGGAGGAGGCGGAGUCGGAGCUCCGGUCACACCGCAGGCUCCAAAGAGCGGCCGCGUCAAGAGGAUGGUGCGUCUGGCGGCGGAACUGCUGCUGCUCCUGGGACUCCUACUCCUCACCUUACACAUCACGGUGCUGCGGAGCACCCCGCUGCCGCAGGGGAACGAGACUGUGAGCCUGGAUCAGGACGCGGCACUCUCAGAGAACAAUAUAAAUGAGAAGAGCAGCUCCUCGGCCCAGCUGGCUCCUGAAGACCGGAGAUCUGGUCCUGAACACCGGCUGACCCACCGGCCCGCCACCCUCCCCUGGUCGCAGGGCGGCAACGUGCACCGAGACGGCCCGGGCGCUUUCCUCCUCGAUCUGCACAACUUCCCCGACCUCUCCAAAGCCGACAUCAACGGACAGAACCCCAACAUACAGGUGACCAUCGAAGUGGUAGACGGGCUGGAGGGCCACGAGCCAGAAAAAGGGCUGCGUAAGGAAAGCAAACCCAGCUGGGCGUCUCCUAACUGGAGGAACUGGUGGCCUCGCUCUUCUUCCCCGUCCUCCUCCUCCACCACCACCCGUCAGACCGAGGACGGCGAUCGAUCCUACGGGAGCAACAGCGAGGACAGCAACUUCCUCCGGCCGUCUGCCGACUGGGACAGGAGAGGAGGCGCGGGGGGAGGAAGCAAGACUCAGAGUGAAUAUGACUACAUGGACGGAGAGGGCGACUGGAGUAACUGGACGUCUUGCAGUGUCACCUGUGGAAACGGAAACCAGAAGAGAACGCGGUCGUGUGGUUACGCCUGCACGGCCACCGAGUCCAGGACCUGUGACAUGCCCAACUGCCCAGGAAUCGAAGACGCCUUCAGGACCGCGGCGACCGAAGUGAGCCUGUUAGCUGGAACAGACGAGUUCAACGCCACAGAGCUCUUCGGUGUCGACACGGACAGCUGCGAGCGAUGGAUGAACUGCAAGAGCGACUUCCUGAAGAAGUACAUGACCAAAGUGGCCAACGACCUCCCCAGCUGCCCCUGCUCUUACCCGACCGAGGUGGCGUACAGCACGGCGGACGUGCACGACCCCCUCACCCGCCGCGACUUCCGCUGGAAGGACGCCAGCGGUCCCAAAGAGAAGCUGGAGAUCUACAAGCCGACGGCGCGCUACUGCAUCCGCUCCAUGCUGACGCUGGAGUCCACCACGCUGGCGGCGCAGCACUGUUGCUACGACGACAGCAUGAAGCUCAUCACGCGCGGCAAGGGGGCCGGCACGCCGAACCUCAUCAGCACCGAGUUCUCGGCCGACCUGCACUACAAGGUGGACAUCCUGCCGUGGAUCGUCUGCAAAGGAGACUGGAGCCGCUACAACCAGGCGAGACCGCCGAACAACGGGCAGAAGUGUCCCGAGAACCCGCAGGACGACGACUACUACAAACAGUUUGAGGAGGCGAGGGAGUUCUAGACGGCGAGGAGGAAACACACUGCUUAAAUAUUCAGCUCACAGAAAGAGGCUGGAACCAUUUUUCAUAUCAAGAACUUUAGACUCUGAGGGACAAAGACUCACGCUCCUCUGAACCAAGAGGACUUAAAAACCCAACAGAGUCAGAACGCUCACUUUCUCACCAGGAACUUUUCUGGACUUUCCUGAAACAUCCAGAACGAAACUGUUGCUUUGAUUUUCUAGUUUUAUAAAACAUGCCUCUAAAAAAGAAAUGAAAGAAAGGUCUGUCAGUAACUAUAACUCUUUACGAUCCGCUCACUAAAGGGAGUUUUUAUUCUAAAAAAAAGGGAACUUUGUUAUCUAGAAAUGUUUGUUUGGAUCGUGUUUGUCUUGUUCUGUGAAUCUGAUCGACCUGUGGGGAUAAAAAUAAAACGAUCCUUCAGGAAUGUGUUAGCGUGAGGGCGGACGGGAU